AUAGCAGGAUUUUCGAGUAUCAUGGCGAUAGCUACCUCUUGUUGAAGCAUCACGGUCUUCUAGAGAGAUAUUUUAAUAAAACAAAAACAAAAACGAAAAGGAACCUCAUGCGCAGAGAAACGCAUUUCUGAUGCUGUUCUAACCAAGGCUUGGGGAAGGAUAGAUCGACCGUUAUGGCAGCGUCUGAACUGUACACAAAGUAUGCCCGGGUCUGGAUCCCGGACGCUGACGAGGUGUGGAAGUCAGCGGAACUCGCCAAGGACUACAAACAAGGAGACGCCUCACUACAGUUGCGGCUGGAGGAUGGCAAGGACAUCGAGCACAAAUUGGACCCCAAAACCAAGAACCUGCCUCACCUGCGGAACCCUGACAUCCUGGUGGGAGAGAAUGACCUCACAGCGCUCAGCUACCUGCACGAGCCCGCCGUGCUUCACAACCUCAAAGUGCGCUUCAUCGACUCCAAGCUCAUCUACACCUACUGCGGCAUUGUCUUGGUGGCCAUCAACCCCUAUGAGAAUCUGCCUAUCUAUGGGACCGACAUCAUCAAUGCCUACAGUGGCCAGAACAUGGGGGACAUGGACCCCCACAUAUUUGCAGUGGCCGAGGAAGCGUACAAGCAAAUGGCCAGGGACGAGAGGAACCAGUCCAUCAUAGUGAGCGGGGAGUCGGGCGCCGGGAAAACGGUCUCCGCCAAGUACACCAUGCGCUACUUCGCCACGGUCAGCGGAUCCGCCGGCGAGGCCAACGUGGAGGAGAGGGUGCUGGCCUCCAACCCCAUCAUGGAGGCUAUCGGCAAUGCCAAGACCACCAGGAAUGACAACAGCAGUCGCUUUGGGAAGUACAUUGAGAUCGGAUUUGACAAGAAAUAUCACAUUGUUGGUGCCAACAUGAGAACUUACCUGCUGGAGAAGUCCAGAGUGGUGUUUCAGGCAGAUGAGGAGAGGAACUACCAUAUCUUCUAUCAGCUGUGUGCCUCCUCUCAUUUACCUGAAUUUAAAGCACUGCACUUAGGUAAAGCAGAAGGCUUCCGCUGCACAAACCAGGGUCUAAACACCGUCAUCGAUGGUGUGGAUGAUGCCAAGGAGAUGUCCACCACACGAAAUGCUUUCACAUUAUUGGGAAUUAAUGAAUCCUAUCAGAUGGGGGUUUUCAAAGUUCUUGCCUCCAUCCUUCAUUUGGGCAACGUGGAGCUGAAGGACCGAGACUCAGACAGCAGCAAAAUAGAACCCAAUAACAGGCACCUGACCGUCUUCUGUGACCUCAUGGGGGUGACGUACCAGGACAUGUCCCACUGGCUGUGCCACAGGAAGCUGAAGACGGCCACGGAGACGUACGUCAAGCCCAUCCCGAAGCUGCAGGCCGUCAACGCGCGCGACGCCCUGGCCAAGCACAUCUACGCCAAGCUCUUCGACUGGAUCGUGCAGCACGUCAACAAGGCCCUGCACUCCACGGUCAAGCAGAACUCCUUCAUCGGAGUGCUUGACAUUUACGGGUUUGAAACCUUUGAUAUCAACAGCUUUGAGCAGUUUUGUAUAAAUUACGCCAAUGAGAAACUCCAGCAACAGUUUAACAUGCACGUGUUCAAACUGGAGCAGGAGGAAUACAUGAAGGAACAGAUCCCCUGGACCCUCAUUGACUUCUAUGACAAUCAACCCUGCAUUAACCUCAUUGAAGCGAAAAUGGGGGUGCUGGCUCUCUUGGAUGAAGAGUGCAAGAUGCCCAAGGGAUCAGACGACACCUGGGCCCAGAAGCUCUACAACACACACUUGAAGACGUGCGCGCUCUUUGAAAAGCCGCGCAUGUCAAAUAAAGCCUUCAUCAUCCAGCACUUUGCAGAUAAGGUUGAAUAUCAGUGUGAAGGAUUCCUUGAGAAAAAUAAAGACACCGUCAAUGAGGAACAGAUCAAUGUGUUAAAAGCCAGCAAGUUUGAUCUUCUGGUGGAGCUGUUCCAGGACGAGGAGAAAGCCACCAGCCCCACAGGUGCGCCCACCGGUGGCCGCACCAGGCUGAGCGUCAAGCCAGACACCUCCCGCGCUGGCCAGGCCGCCAAGGAACACAAGAAGACUGUGGGACUGCAGUUCCGUAACUCCCUCCAGUUGUUGAUGGACACCCUGAACGCCACCACCCCCCACUACGUGCGCUGCAUCAAGCCAAAUGACCGCAAAUCGCCUUUCACGUUUGAUCCCAAGAGGGCUGUGCAGCAGCUCAGAGCCUGUGGUGUCCUGGAGACCAUCCGCAUAUCAGCUGCUGGCUUCCCAUCAAGGUGGACCUACCAGGAGUUCUUCAGCCGGUACCGGGUCCUGAUGAAGCAGAAGGAUGUUCUGUCCGACAGGAAGCUGACCUGCAGGAAUGUCCUGGAGAAGCUGGUGCAGGACAAAGACAAAUACCAGUUUGGCAAGACGAAGAUCUUCUUCCGCGCGGGCCAGGUGGCCUACCUGGAGAAGCUGCGAGCAGACAAGCUGCGGGCGGCCUGCAUCCGCAUCCAGAAGACCAUCCGCUGCUGGCUGGUCCGCAAGAAGUACCUGCGCAUGCGCCGAUCCGCCAUCACCAUCCAGAGAUUCGUGCGCGGAUACCAAGCUCGAUGCCUCGCCAAGUUUCUGCGCGAGACGAACGCGGCCAUCGUCAUCCAGAAGUACCAGCGCAUGUACGUGGAGAGGACGCGUUACAAGCGCAUGCAGGCCGCCGCCCUCAGCAUCCAGCGUGAGCUGCGGGCCUACCAGGCCAGGCAGCUGUACCAGGGGCUCCUUCGCGAGCACAAGGCGGUCAUCAUCCAGAAGUGGGUGAGGGGCUGGCUGGCCCGGUGCUGGUACAAGAAGUCGCUGGCCGCCGUGGUGUACCUGCAGUGCUGCGUGCGGCGCAUGCGGGCCAAGCAUGAGCUGAAGAAGCUGAAGAUCGAGGCGCGCUCCGUCGAGCACUUCAAGAAGCUCAACAUCGGCAUGGAGAACAAGAUCAUGCAACUGCAGCGCAAGAUCGACGAGCAGAACAAAGACAACAAGGCCGUCAGCGAGCGUCUGAGCAGCCUGGAGAGCGCCUACACGGCCGAGAGCGAGAAGCUCCGGGCCGAGCUGACCCGCCUGCGCGGCGCCGAGGAGGAGGCGCGAAACAAUGCCAACCGCAUCACCUCCCUGCUGGAGGAGCUGGCCAAACUGCGGAAGGAGCUGCAGAGCACCCAGAGCGAGAAGAAGCUGAUCGAGGACCAGGCCGAGAGUUACCGCAACAAGAUGGAGCAGAUGGUGGCUGAACUGAAGGACCAGAACAACCUGCUGAAGAGCGAGAAGGACGAUCUGAACCGACUGAUCCAGGAACAGGGCCAGCAGAUCACAGAGAGAAUGGCCAAGGCCCUGCAGGAAGAGACCAAAAAGCUGGAGAGUGACCUGAACGAGGAGCGCGCACGCUACCAGAACCUUCUGGGCGAGCACCUGCGGCUCGAGGAGCGCUACGACGACCUGAAGGAGGAGAUGACCCUCACGCUGGAUGUCCCCAAACCGGGCCACAGGAGGACCGACUCCACCCACAGCAGCAACGAAUCAGAGCACACCUACAACUCGGAGUUCCCUGAGUCCGAGGAAAGCUCCCACCGGGGAGAGGACGUCACCAAGGCCGCCUUGGACAUGUCUCUCUUCCUCAAGCUCCAGAAGAGGGUGACGGAGUUGGAGCAUGAGAAGCAGUCACUGCAGAAGGAGCUGGACGUCAGAGAGGAGCAGUUCCAGCUGGCCCGGGCCAGGGAUGAUGAGGAUCACAAGAGAGCGAGAGGGGCAGAGCUGGAGUACGAGUCUCUCAAGCGCCAGGAGCUGGAGUCCGAGAACAAGAAGCUGAAGCACGACCUGAACAAGAUGCGGCAGGCUCUGGCAGAGAAGGGCGGAGCCGGGGCAGGCGGCGGGCCCCCUUCGGCCUACAAGGCGCUCCUGGAACAGCUGAGCGCCUCCAACGAGGAGCUGGAGGUGCGAAAGGAGGAGGUGCUGAUCCUGCGGUCCCAGCUGGUCAGUCAGAAAGAGGCCAUGCACCACAAGGAUGAGAAGGAGACGAUGACGGAGCCCUCGCCAUACACGGAGGACGUGAAGAGGUUGAGCGCGGGUGAAGUUGCUCAAGCUUACGUAGGGCUCAAAGAGACCAACAGAUCACCCACGUUUUUGCAUAAGCCCCCUGAAGUGAAUGAACUCAUGAUUAGGCUAAGAUCCCCCACUCCAGACUACCAUCAGCUGAAUGAGGAUGGAGAGUUAUGGCUGGCAUAUGAAGGGUUAAAGGAGACCAACAGGCUGUUGGAGUCCCAGAUGCAGGCUCAGAGGAGGUCCCACGACAGCGAGAUGGACGUUCUGCGGAGGGAGCUGCAGAGCAUGAAGGAGGAGAACAUCCGGCAGCAGCAGGUCCUGGCGCAGAACCUGCAGCUUCCCCUGGAGGCGCGCAUCGAGGCCAGCCUGCAGCACGAGAUCACGCGUCUCACCAACGAGAACCUGGACCUCCUGGGACAGAUGGAGAGGCAGGAGAAGGUCAUCCGCAAAUACAGGAAGCAGCUCAAGGUCUACUCCAAGAAGAUCGGAGAGCGAGAAGUGGGAGGUCAGAUGGAGAAUGUGUCACCUGGGCAGAUCGUGGACGAGCCUGUUCUUCCGGUCAACAUCCACCGCAAGGAGAAAGACUUCCAGGGCAUGCUGGAGUACAACAGGGAUGAUGAGCAGAGACUGGUGAAGAACCUGAUUCUAGAGCUGAAGCCGAGGGGCGUGGCUGUCAACUUCAUUCCUGGCCUGCCGGCCUACAUCCUCUUCAUGUGUCUGCGCCACGCCGACUACCUGAACGACGACCAGAAGGUGCGCUCGCUGCUCACCUCCACCAUCAACAGCGUCAAGAAGAUCCUGAAGAAAAGAGGGGACGACUUUGAAAUGGUCUCUUUCUGGCUGUCCAAUACCUGCCGCCUCAUGCACUGUCUGAAGCAGUACAGUGGAGAAGAGGCCUACAUGAAGCAUAACACGCCCAGGCAGAACGAGCACUGCCUGUCCAACUUUGACCUGACCGAGUACCAGCAGGUCCUGAGUGACCUGGCCAUCCAGAUCUACCAGCAGCUCAUCCGCUGCAUGGAGAGCAUCCUUCAGCCCAUGAUAGUGUCUGGCAUGCUUGAGCACGAGACCAUCCAGGGCGUGUCCGGGGUGAAGCCCACGGGCCUGCGCAAGAGGACGUCCAGCAUCGCGGACGAGGGCACCUACACGCUGGACUCCAUCCUGCGGCAGCUCACCUCCUUCCACUCCAUCAUGUGCCAGCACGGCGUCGACCCCGAGAUCAUCAAGCAGGCCGUCAAGCAGCAGUUCUACAUCAUCGGCGCCGUCACCCUCAACAACCUGCUGCUCCGCAAGGACAUGUGCUCCUGGAGCAAAGGGAUGCAGAUCAGGUACAACGUGAGCCAGCUGGAGGAGUGGCUGAGGGAUAAGAACCUGAUGAACUGCGGGGCCAAGGACAUGCUGGAGCCGCUCAUCCAGGCAGCGCAGCUCCUGCAGGUGAAGAAGAAGACGGACGAGGACGCCGAGGCCAUCUGCUCCAUGUGCAGCGGCCUCAGCACCGCGCAGAUUGUCAAGGUGCUCAACUUGUACACACCUGUGAACGAGUUUGAGGAAAGGGUUUCGUUAACGUUCAUUCAAACAAUCCAGAAUCUUUUACAAGACCGAAAGCAGUCACCCCAGCUACUGAUGGACACCAGAAUCAUCCACCCUGUCUUAUUCUCUUUCAACCCCUCCUCUCUGGUCCUGGACACCAUUCACAUCCCAAGCAGUCUGAACCUGGGCUUCCUUAGCCCUGUGUAGAGGCAGUUUGAAUCUGGGCUUUCUCGCACACAUGUAGAGGCAGUCUGGACUUUCUCAUACAUGUGUGGAGGCUGUCUGAACCUGAACCUGCUUUCUCACGUGUAGAGACAAUCCAGGCUUUCUCACACAUGUGUAGAGGCAGUCUGAACCUGGGCGUCCUUACACAUGUGUAGAGGCAGCCUGGACUCAGUCACUCAAAGCCAGCUUGUCUAAAUGCCAUGUACAGAGAGACGUUCACGCUAGCAUGCUUAGAAAGUAGUGCGCAGCCAGUAAUUAAGGUUCAGAGUACUUAGAAAUACCUGUCAGUAGUGUCCCCAGAACGAUCAGUAGUUCAGGUUUAGCAGUUAACAUGAACAGUGCAAAUAACUUCAUUUUUCCCCAGUCUGGGAUGAGAAUGUAAUGGUACACUGAAGCAAGGUCAGCAGAGAAGCUCUGUCUGUUUUGUUGCAUUUUUUCCUACCCUUUUCUGAGCUUGGCAGUGUUCUGAUGAGUACAUCACAAUACCCAAGGCCUGUACCAGUAUGGUGUACCGUACAGGUUAAUGUCAUUCAUUCACUUGAUUAAUCUUACCUGCCAUGAAACUGGAGUUUUCCAGAAAACAAAUGUACCCAGGGAUUGGUUGACUGAAAAGGA